AUGCAAGCGUUCACGGUUCAUCUAAUUGCACGAUCUGACCUGGUGAGGUACGUUAUAUCAAAACCAGUCUUGAUGGGGCGUUUGGCCAAGUGGGCGUUACUUCUCAAUCAAUAUGAAAUCAUAUACACUCCAGCAAAGGCGGUUAAGGGGCAAGCUGUUGCAGAUUUCCUAGCCGAUCAUCCAAUUCCAACAUACUGGGAAAUUUCAGAUGACUUACCCGACGAACAAGUUUUCUUCACUGACGUUUCUCAUGCUUGGAUGAUGUUAUUUGAUGGAUCGGCUCGUAAAGAUGGGGCGGGGGCUUUGAUCAUGGGCUUACAAAUGGCUGUGGAGAUGAAGAUAUCGAGCUUAGAAGUAUAUGGUGACUCCAUGUUAGUGAUCAACCAACUGUUGACCCACUACGAAGUUAGGAAGGAUGAUCUAAUUCCAUUCCACCAAAUGGCCACGCAAUUACUGGAAAGGUUUGGCUUCGUAACACUGGAGCAUGUGCCAAGAAAAGACAACCAAAUGGCAGAUGCCUUAGCCAACCUUGCCGCUACGUUGGCAUUGACAAAAGAUGAAGCGGUGAAUCUUUCAGUUUGCCAACGUUGGGUCGUUCCAUCAGCCUUAGGGGCAUCAUAA